AUGUCAUCCCACAUGAAUGACCUCGAGCUGGAGGACCAGAAGUAUAUGAAUGAAGUCCAGGCCGUCAAGGAGUGGUGGAGAGAUGCCCGUUGGCGGCAUACGAAGCGUCCGUUCACGGCGGAGAUGGUGGUCGCAAAGCGCGGCAAUCUCAAGAUUGAGUAUCCUUCAAAUGCGCAGAGUAAGAAGCUCUGGGGGAUCCUCGACCGCCAUUUUGAGAUAAAAACAGCCAGUACCACAUUUGGCUGCCUGGAGCCCACUAUGAUGACACAGAUGGCCAAAUUCCUUGACACUGUCUACGUUUCUGGGUGGCAGAGCUCCUCAACAGCGUCGUCCACGGACGAGCCAUCGCCCGACUUGGCAGACUAUCCUAUGGACACUGUCCCCCGGAAGGUGAAUCAGCUGUUCAAGGCACAGCUCUUUCACGACCGAAAAAUGCACGAAGAGCGAAUCACGACAGCCAGGGCCGACCGUCACAAGGUUGCCAGUAUCGACUACCUGCGACCCAUUAUCGCCGACGCUGAUACCGGGCACGGAGGGUUGACGGCAAUUAUGAAACUGACGAAGUUGUUUGUCGAAAGCGGUGCAGCAGGUAUUCAUAUUGAGGAUCAGGCUCCAGGAACCAAGAAGUGCGGGCACAUGUCCGGCAAGGUGUUGGUCCCCAUCGGCGAGCAUAUCAACCGACUGGUGGCGAUUCGAGCCCAGUCGGACAUCAUGGGGGUGGAUCUGGUGGUUAUCGCCCGAACAGAUUCGGAGGCUGCCACUCUCAUCACCUCGACGAUUGAUGACCGGGACCAUUCAUUCAUACUCGGGACGGCUAAUACCGCUCUGCAGCCAUUGAAUGACCUUAUGGUUGCUGCCGAGAAGGCGGGCAAGAGUGAUCUGGCCUUGCAGAACAUUGAAACUGAGUGGCUGGCUCAGGCUCAUCUGCAAACCUUUGACGAUGCGGUAGUUGAUCGGAUCCGGGCGACGACGCAGAUGGGCCAGGAGGCUUUAAUUACUCGCUAUUUAAUGGCGUCGACGGGCAAGAGCAACUCCCAGGCUCGGGCUCUCGCGCGAGAACUAUUAGGUGAGGAUGUUCAGUGGGACUGGGAGUCAGCUCGGACCCGUGAGGGCUUUUACCGUUACCAGGGUGGGACUAAAGCUGCCGUGAACCGGGCUAUCUCUUUCGCGCCCUUUGCGGACAUUCUGUGGAUGGAAACCGCCCGUCCAGAUUAUGCCCAGGCGAAGGAGUUCGCUGAAGGCGUCCAUGCCACUUGGCCGGAGCAAAAGCUGGCUUACAACCUAUCCCCAUCGUUCAAUUGGAAGGCUGCCAUGGCGCCUGCAGAUCAGGAAACCAUCAUAUCGCGACUAAGUAAACUUGGCUAUUGCUGGCAGUUUAUUACUCUAGCCGGCCUUCACACGACUGCACUGAUUAGCCAUCAAUUUUCGAAGGCCUUUAUCCGGGAUGGCAUGCGGGCCUACGGAGUGUUGGUCCAGGAGCCGGAAAUGGAGCAGGGGGUGGACGUCGUGACCCAUCAAAAGUGGAGCGGCGCAAACUAUGUGGAUAGAUUGCUGACUAUGGUAACUUCAGGGGUCCGUAGCACGGUGGCAAUGGGCGCUGGUGUGACCGAAGACCAGUUUAAGUAG